CUGGAUUGUAACAUUCUUGCCUUAUUUUUUCUCUUCUCUCUUUCCUUCUCUCUUUUCUCUUCUGCACCUCCCUCCAAUACACCGCAGAGCACUCAGGUCCUAUUUCCUCUUUCUUUUCGCAGCUCCAAUACACAAUUGCACAUCCCUCCAUUUCUCACUAUCCACAAGGAAUUAGGAAUGAAGAUCUCACUUUCAGCAGCGCUUGUGUUGGCGCUCUCUUCUGCAACGGUGUCUGCCUCGGUCAUCACACUACCUAUCAAGUCAUACAGAAAUCAGGAGCAUCUCAACGCUGAAUCCUUAACCAAGCGAUACCUUGAGAGACUCGAAAGGCGAGCUGCCCCUUCAUUCACAACAGCACCAUUGACUAGCAUUCGUCAAGACAUUGUGUACACUGUCCCACUCCAACUCGGUACACCACCACAAGACUUUAAUGUCCUCAUUGACACAGGCAGCCCUUACACAUGGGUAUCUUCUGUCGAAUGUAUUAGUGCGGCCUGCUUGAAGUCCAAGCGAUAUAGCUGUUCUGCAUCUUCGACCUGCCUUGCCUCAAACACAAGGUUCAAGGCGGAAUAUGUCGAUGGAGACAAUGUCUCAGGGCUGUAUGUUGCAGAAAACUAUGGUAUCGGUUCAUUAAAGUUUCGAGCCAUUGCUGCCAUUGCGACUAUUCAUGAAGCUCGCAUGCCCCCAACGGUCGAUGGUAUCAUGGGGCUAUGGUACUAUGGAGCAGGAAGCAAUAUCCCAAUCUUGAACGUGCUAAAGAACGAUACUGUACUGACAGAAAAUGUUAUUGGGAUCUGGUUGCAAAAGGCGCCUUCUGGAUCUGUCACAGCACCUGGAGGAGAGAUCACAUUUGGAGGUGUCGAUUCCAAGCGAUUCACAGGAUCGAUCUCUUAUGUUGACUGCAUUCCCGGUCGACCAUGGACUAUCCCAUUGUCAGGAUUGUCUGUAAAAGGACAGAGUAUCCCCGUACCAGGUGUAAUGGCUGCUAUUGACACAGGCUCGACAGCGAUGCUUAUACCCAAGUCUGCGUCUGAUGCCAUCCAUGCAAACAUUCCUGGUGCAGAACAGCUGAUUAAUCAAGGUAAUAUCUGGGUAAUCCCUUGUUCUGGCAACACACCCGUCACCUUAACGUUCGGAAGCUUCACUGCCGAUAUUCCUUACUCCAGUCUAGCGAUGCAAAGUACUCGCCAAAUGACCUCUCAAGGAGAGUAUUGUUUGAGUGCUGCCAUGUUCCCAACGGGCACCACUGCGGUGAUUGAGGAAUGGAUCAUCGGAGAUGUUUUCCUAAACAACGUGUAUUCAGUCUAUGAUUUCCAGAAUAAUGCAGCCAGUGGAGGUAGAAUUGGAUUUGCACAAUUGGUCUCUGGAGGGACUGGAGGAGGAGGAGGAUCUGAUGGUUCUGGCAGAGGUGGAGAUGGUAAUGGUGCUGGUGGAGAUACUGGUUCAGGAAAAGAUGGAAAAGACGGAAAAGAUGGAAAAGGUAGCUCCGCAGGAAACAGAGUUCCCAUUUUGUCCGUCCAAGCAUCCGCUCUCAUCUUGAUCAGCGCAAUAUUUGCCAUGCUUUAAUUUUUUUAAUUUAAGGGUAUCACUUCAUCAAUGAGAUGUCUACGUUAAAGACUUAUUAAAAUAAAAGAUGUAUAAAAAGAC